UAGCUCGUGCGGACGUUCUCGCUUGCCUGCCUUCCCUUCCCCCUCCUCGGGGUUCUUACCGCGCGCGGGUCUUUAUUCCUCCUCCCCUCCCCCAUGGUAACGGCGCGCGCCGCCGACUGCCCUCGGCCUCGCGCGCGUUCUCGGCGAGGAGGGGGGAGCGCGCGACUCGGCUUCCCGGCUCCCCAGCGCGUGCGGCCGGGAGGCCCUCCUGCAGCUGUCCUUGCCGACAUUUUCUCGGCGGGGAGGGGGCGGCGGCGGCGCGCCGGGGGGGGGCGCUCCCGGCUCCUCACCCCUGAGCCUCUCGGUUUGGUCAACCCGUCCCUCCCGGAGGCUUGUGGUCCGGCCUUGAGCCUCCCAGACUACGGGGCGCCGCUCAGCCCCCUCCCUCUCCCUCAAGGCCGAAAAUAGGCCCUGGUGGCUCAGCCAGUGCAGAGAAGGCCUUGAACUUAAACGCCCAAGAGAUUUAAGACAGUUCGGAUGCGUUACUCUCUGUCUUGAAGCGUUAAAAAAGGGAAACGUUUAGGAAAAAAGUCCUUCAGUCUAGGAGCGGUGGUGCCCCCCCCCGGGCACGGGGCCAUGUACAACGGGAUCGGGCUGCCGACGCCCCGGGGCAGCGGCACCAACGGCUACGUCCAGCGCAACCUGUCCCUGGUGCGGGGCCGCCGGGGUGAGCGGCCUGACUACAAGGGAGAGGAGGAACUGCGGCGCCUGGAGGCUGCCCUGGUGAAGCGGCCUAAUCCUGACAUCCUGGACCACGAGCGCAAGCGGCGCGUGGAGCUGCGAUGCCUCGAGCUGGAGGAGAUGAUGGAAGAGCAGGGGUACGAGGAACAGCAAAUUCAGGAGAAAGUGGCGACCUUUCGACUCAUGUUGCUGGAGAAGGAUGUGAACCCUGGGGGCAAGGAGGAGACCCCAGGGCAGAGGCCAGCGGUAACUGAGACUCACCAGUUGGCAGAACUGAACGAGAAGAAGAACGAGCGACUCCGAGCUGCCUUUGGCAUUAGUGAUUCCUAUGUGGAUGGCAGCUCUUUUGAUCCUCAGCGUCGUGCUCGAGAAGCUAAACAACCAGCUCCUGAGCCUCCCAAACCUUACAGCCUUGUCCGAGAGUCUAGCAGUUCUCGUUCACCAACGCCAAAGCAAAAGAAGAAGAAAAAGAAGAAAGAUAGAGGACGCAGGUCGGAGAGCAGCUCUCCUCGACGAGAGAGGAAGAAGAGCUCUAAGAAGAAGAAGCACAGGUCAGAAUCUGAAUCCAAGAAAAGGAAGCAUAGGUCUCCUACUCCAAAGAGCAAACGUAAAUCUAAGGACAAGAAGCGGAAGCGGUCUCGAAGUACGACUCCAGCUCCCAAGAGCCGACGGGCCCAUCGUUCAACUUCUGCUGACUCUGCUUCCUCUUCUGAUACUUCUCGAAGUCGGUCUCGAAGUGCUGCAGCAAAAACCCAUACAACUACCUUGACUGGCAGAAGCCCUUCCCCUACUUCUGGGCAUCGAGGGGAGGGAGAUGCGCCUUCCAGGGAACCAGGUACUGCCAACACCGGGCAGCCUAGUAGCUCGGAGCCUUCUGCAAAACAGCCUGGCAGUCCUUAUGAGGACAAGGGUAAAGACAAGAAGGAGAAAUCUGCAGUUCGAUCUAGCCCCUCUCCGGAAAGGAGCAGCACAGGGCCUGAACCACCUGCUCCUACUCCGCUCCUUGCUGAGCAACAUGGCGGCUCCCCACAACCCCUUGCAACAACCCCCUUAAGUCAGGAGCCAGUGAACCCCCCAUCUGAGGCUUCACCAACCCAGGGCCAUUCACCACCUAAGUCUCCUGAGAAACCUCCCCAUUCAUCUUCAGAGAGCUGUCCACCAUCCCCUCAACCUACUAAAGUUUCUCGACAUGCCAGCUCUUCCCCUGAAAGUCCUAAACCUGUACCAGCUUCUGGGUCCCGCCGAGAGAUUUCUUCUUCUCCUACACCUAAAAGUCGCUCACGUGGCCGAGCAAAGCGUGAUAAGUCACAUUCUCAUACUCCUUCUCGUAGGGUGGGGAGGUCUCGUAGCCCUACUACCACUAAGAGGGGGCGAUCUCGGUCACGAACCCCUACAAAGAGAGGUCAUUCUCGGUCCCGGUCACCUCAGUGGCGUAGGUCCCGGUCUGCACAGAGGUGGGGACGGUCUAGAAGCCCCCAGCGCCGUGGCCGCUCUAGGUCCCCUCAGCGACCAGGCUGGUCCAGGAGCAGAAAUGCACAGAGAAGAGGCAGGUCCAGAUCAGCAAGACGAGGCAGGUCACACUCUAGAUCCCCUGCCACUAGGGGCAGAUCUCGUUCUAGAACACCAGCCCGAAGGGGCCGGUCUCGGUCUAGGACACCCACCAGGAGGAGGUCACGAUCUAGAACACCCACCAGGCGCAGAUCUCGUUCUAGAACACCAGCCCGAAGGGGCCGGUCUCGGUCUAGAACCCCUGCUAGGCGCAGAUCUAGGACCCGAUCACCAGUACGAAGGAGGUCUCGUAGUAGAUCACCAGCCAGGAGAGGUGGCAGGUCACGCUCCAGAACCCCAGCCAGGCGUGGGCGGUCACGCUCCAGAACCCCAGCCAGGCGUGGGCGGUCACGCUCCAGAACCCCAGCUAGAAGAAGUGGUCGGUCUCGCUCUAGAACACCAGCCAGGAGAGGGAGAUCUCGGUCUAGGACACCAACAAGAAGAAGGUCGCACAGUAGAAGUCUAGCAAGACGGGGAAGAUCUCACUCUAGAACGCCACAAAGAAGAGGCAGGUCUGGCUCAUCAUCAGAGCGGAAGAACAAAUCCAGAACAUCUCAGAGAAGGAGCAGGUCCAACUCAAGCCCAGAAAUGAAAAAAUCACGAGUUUCUUCGAGGCGGAGCAGGUCUCUCUCUUCACCAAGGUCCAAAGCAAAAUCUCACUUGUCUUUGAGACGAAGCCUUUCGGGGUCCUCUCCAUGCCCUAAACAAAAGUCUCAGACACCACCAAGGCGCAGUCGCUCUGGAUCAUCCCAGCCUAAAGGUAGAACACCGCUAAGGCGAAGUCGCUCUGGUUCUUCUCUGCCUCCUCAUCAGAAGUCUAAAACGCCAUCAAGACAAAGUCGUUCCAGUUCAUCUCCUCAACCUAAAGUGAAAUCUGGAACACCACCGAGGCAGGGGUCCGUAACAAGUCCUCAGGCAAAUGAACAAUCUGCAACACCACAGAGACGGAGCCAUUCUGAGUCAUCACCUGACCCUGAGGUGAAGUCCAGGACCCCUUUGAGACAUAGCUGCUCUGAGUCUUCUCCUAGAGUGAAAUCUAGCUCACCUCCAAGACGGAGCCGAUCUGGGUCAUCAUCUCCACAACCCAAAGUGAAGGCGGUCAUGUCACCAGUCCAGAGCCGUUCUGGCUUCUCUUCUCCAAGUCCUAGUAGAGUGACAUCUAAAACUCCUCCAAGGCAAAGCAGAUCAGAGUCUCCAUGCUCCAAGGUAGAGUCUAGAUUGUUGCAAAGAAACAGCCGUUCUAGGUCCCCAUCUCCAGAUACCAAAGUGAAACCGGAAACACCACUGCUGCAAAGUCACUCAGGGUCUACUUCGCCGUGCCCCAAAGCAAAACCCCAAACUCCACCAGGGCAUAAUCUUCCUGAGUCAAAGUCACCAUGUUCCCAAGAGAAGUCUACAGAUUCACCAGCACAGAGUUGCUCUGGAUCCUUCUCCUUCUGUCCGGGAGUAAAGUCUAGUACACCACCUGGCGAGAGCUAUUUCAGUUCAUCUUUGCAACAGAAAGGACGGUCUCCAUCUUCACCAGAUCCCAGAUCUGUUACUUCAAGUCCAGAAAUGAGACAGAGUCAUUCUGAAUCUCCAUCUCUGCAGAGCAAAUCUCAAACAUCUCCAAAGGGUGGUCGGUGCAGGUCCCCAUCUCCAGUCACUGAGCUGGAACCUCCAACAAGACAAGAUAGAAGCGAAUUGUCAACAAGUCCUAAGCUGAAAUCUGGACUGUCUCCUGAGCAGGUCAGGACCCAUUCUGAUUCUUCUCCAUAUCCUGCAUUGGACUCUAAGUCUCUUCUGGGGCGGGGUAGAUUAGAGUCUUCUGAAUCAAAAGAAAAAACUGGCUCAGUCCUUCAGGAGGAUGUCACUGCAUCAUCUCCAAGACCAGGAGACAAACUGAGUUCUCCUUUGGUUCAGGACAGGCCUGAAUCUUCACCAGUAAUCAGAGACACCCCUGAAACUGCCUCGAGGGAAAGAGGUGGUGUCGGGUCAUCUCCAGAUACAAAAGACCAGAGUAGUGUGUUAGCUAAGUCAAGCCAAGAUGAGGAAUCAAUGGAGGUGACAGAGAAAGCUGAAGAAUCCUCAAGCCAGAUCCUGCCCCAUUUAUCUCCAGAACUUAAAGAAAUGGCCAGAAGUAACUUUGAAUCAUCUCCUGAAAUAGAAGGAAGAUCUGCUGUCUCUUUGAUUCUUGACCAGAGACAGUUGCAGGCUUCUGUGGAAGAAGUCCCUGCGGUAGCCUCAACUUGGAGUGGGCCGCAGUUUUCUCCAGAACGUAAAGAACUGUCUAGCUCCCCUCCCAGGGAGAAUAGUUUUGGAUCACCUUCAGAAUUUAGAAACUCAGGCCCUGUUGCAGAGAUGAGCACUGAGUUUUCUCCUGAGGGUAAAGAUUUGAAUGGACCUUUUCCUAAUCAGCUGGAGACAGAUCCAUCUCUCGACAUGAAAGAAUCAACAAGGUCCUCCAGACGCAGCAGUUCAGAGUUAUCCCCAGAUGCGGUGGAAAAAGCAGGAAUGUCCUCAAAUCAGAGUGUCUCUUCGCCAGUACUUGAUGCUGUACCCCGAACACCCUCAAGGGGAAGAAGUAGUUCCACGUCUUCUCCUGAACUGAAAGAUGGUUUACCCAGAACCCCUUCACAGAGAAGCCGGUCUGGGUCAUCCCCAGGACUGAGAGAUGGGUCUGGGACUCCCUCAAGGCACAGUUUAUCUGGGUCUUCUCCUGGGAUGAAAGAUAUACCUAGAACACCAUCCAGGGGGAGAAGUGAAUGUGAUUCUUCUCCAGAACCAAAAAUUUUGCCUCAGACUCCUAGGCCAAGGAGUCGGUCUCCAUCAUCCCCAGAGCUCAACAACAAGUGUCUUAGUCCUCAGAGAGAGAGAAGUGGGUCAGAAUCAUCAGUGGAACAGAAGACUGUGGCUAGGACUCCGCUGGGGCAGAGACGUCGGUCUGGAUCUUCUCAAGAACUUGAUGGGAAACCCAGUGCUUCCCCUCAGGAGAGGAGUGAAUCAGAGUCUUCUCCAGAUUCUAAAGCUAAGACACGAAUGUCAGUUAGACCAAGGAGUGGCUCUGGAUCCUCUCCAGAGGUCGACAGCAAAUCUCAGCCUUCUCCUCGGCGUAGUUCAUCCCCUGAAGAUAAAGAUAAGCCGGGGGUGGCACCCAGGGCACAGAGUGGUUCUGAUUCUUCUCCCGAACCCAAGGCUCCUGCCCCUCGUGUCCUUCCUAGACGAAGCAGAUCAGGUUCAUCCAGCAAAGGCAGAGGCCCUUCUCCUGAAGGAAGCAGCAGUUCGGAGUCUUCUCCAGAACACCCACCCAAAUCCAGGACUGCUAGAAGAAGCUCUAGGUCAUCGCCAGAGCCCAAGACUAAGUCUCGCUCUCCACCUCGCCGCCGCAGCUCUCGAUCAUCUCCUGAGCUGCCUAGGAAGACCAGGCUCUCCCGUAGAAGCCGCUCAGCCUCAUCCUCACCAGAGACCCGCUCUAGAACUCCCCCAAGACGCCGAAGAAGUCCCUCAGUGUCUUCGCCAGAGCCAGCUGAAAAGUCGAGAUCCUCACGCCGGCGGCGUUCAGCUUCAUCUCCACCCACUAAGACAACUUCAAGGAGAGGCCGUUCUCCUUCACCAAAGCCUCGUGGGCUCCAGAGGUCCCGUUCCCGCUCGAGAAGGGAGAAGACCAGAACAACCCGGCGUCGGGACAGGUCUGGAUCUUCUCAGUCAACCUCUCGGAGGAGACAGCGGAGCCGAUCGAGGUCUCGGGUUACUCGGCGGCGGAGGGGAGGCUCUGGUUAUCAUUCAAGGUCUCCUGCCCGGCAGGAGAGUUCCCGAACCUCCUCUCGACGCCGAAGAGGCCGUUCUCGGACACCCCCAACCAGUCGGAAGCGUUCCCGCUCACGCACAUCACCAGCCCGGUGGAAGCGCUCCAGGUCUCGAGCCUCUCCAGCCGCUCACCGGAGAUCCAGGUCCAGAACACCUCUGGUCAGCCGACGUAGGUCCAGGUCUCGAACAUCACCAGUCAGUCGGAGACGGUCAAGGUCCAGGACGUCAGUGACUAGACGAAGAUCUCGAUCGAGAGCUUCCCCUGUGAGUCGAAGGCGAUCCAGGUCCAGAACACCACCGGUAACUCGCCGGCGUUCGAGGUCCAGGACACCUACUCGUCGGCGUUCCCGCUCUAGAACUCCACCAGUGACUCGGAGAAGGUCGAGAUCUAGGACUCCACCAGUAACCAGAAGGCGAUCUCGAAGCAGAACUUCACCUAUCCCUCGCAGAAGGUCGAGAUCCAGAACAUCCCCAGUCACCCGUAGGAGAUCGAGAUCUCGCACCUCUCCGGUAACUCGAAGAAGGUCCCGUUCUCGAACCUCUCAGAUGACACGCCGUCGAUCCAGGUCCCGAACUCCUCCAGCUAUUCGUCGCCGCUCUCGGUCUAGAACCCCACUGUUGCCACGCAAGCGUUCUCGAAGCCGCUCCCCACUGGUUAUUCGCCGCCGUUCUAGAUCCCGUACUCCGCGUGCAGCUCGGGGCAAACGGUCCUUAACAAGAUCUCCUCCAGCUAUCCGCAGACGAUCUGCAUCUGGAAGUAGUUCUGAUCGUUCUCGUUCUGCUACUCCUCCAGCAACAAGGAAUCACUCUGGUUCUCGCACACCUCCGGUAGCUCUCAAUAGCUCCAGGAUGAGCUGCUUCAGUCGUCCUAGCAUGUCACCAACUCCUCUGGACCGCUGUAGAUCACCUGGAAUGCUUGAACCCCUUGGCAGCUCUAGAACCCCCAUGUCUGUCCUACAGCAAGCUGGGGGUUCUAUGAUGGAUGGUCCAGGCCCCCGAAUUCCUGAUCACCCAAGAGCGUCUGUGCCAGAAAACCAUGCGCAGUCUAGGAUUGCGCUUGCCCUGACAGCCAUCAGUCUUGGCACUGCUCGGCCGCCUCCGUCCAUGUCUGCGGCUGGUCUUGCUGCAAGAAUGUCCCAGGUUCCAGCUCCAGUGCCUCUCAUGAGUCUCAGAACAGCUCCAGCUGCCAACCUUGCCAGCAGGAUCCCUGCAGCCUCUGCAGCAGCCAUGAACCUGGCCAGCGCCAGGACACCUGCCAUCCCAACAGCAGUGAACCUGGCCGACUCAAGAACCCCAGCUGCAGCAGCAGCCAUGAACUUGGCCAGCCCCAGAACAGCCGUAGCACCUUCGGCCGUGAACCUGGCUGACCCUCGUACCCCCACAGCCUCAGCCGUGAACCUAGCAGGAGCCAGAACCCCAGCUGCUUUGGCAGCUUUGAGUCUCGCGGGCUCUGGCACACCCCCGACUACUGCAAACUAUCCCUCCAGCUCCAGAACGCCCCAGGCUCCAGCCCCUGCAAACCUGGUGGGUCCUAGAUCUGCACAUGCCGCAGCCGUGAAUAUUGCCAGCUCAAGAACGCCUCCAGCCUUAGCCCCUGCAAACCUCACUAGUGCUAGAAUGGCUCCAGCCUUGUCUGGUGCAAACCUCACCACCCCUCGAGUGCCCCUGUCUGCCUAUGAGCGUGUUAGUGGCCGAGCCUCACCACCACUCCUUGACAGGGCCAGGUCCAGAACCCCACCAUCAGCACCGAGCCAGUCUAGAAUGACAUCUGAGCGGGCUCCGUCUCCUGCCUCUAGAAUGAUCCAGGCUCCCUCACAGCCUGUUCUUUCUCUAGCUCAGGAUCGGCCUAGGUCCCCCGUGCCAUCGGCUUUUUCUGACCAGUCCCGAUCUUUGCUUGCCCAGACCACCCCUAUGACGGGGGCUCAGUCGCUUUCCUCUGGGACUGUGGCAAAGACCACGCCCUCUGCGGGUGACCACAAUGGCAUGCUCUCUGGCUCUGUCUCCGGGGCACCCCACCCGGAGGGUGGGGAACCAGCUGCCUCGUCGGGGGCCCAGCAGCCUUCCGCGUUGGCUGCCCUGCAGCCAGCAAAGGAGCGGCGGAGUUCGUCCUCCUCGUCCUCCUCUAGCUCGUCCUCGUCGUCGUCCUCGUCGUCAUCCUCGUCGUCCUCCUCCUCCGGCUCCAGUUCUAGUGACUCGGAGGGCUCUAGCCUUCCCACUCAACCUGAGGUAGCGCUGAAGAGGGUCCCCAGCCCCGCCCCAGCCCCGAAGGAGGCUGUUCGAGAGGGCCGUCCUCCAGAACCGACCCCAGCCAAGCGGAAGAGGCGGUCUAGCAGCUCUAGUUCCAGCUCCUCCUCGUCUUCCUCCUCCUCCUCGUCUUCCUCCUCCUCCUCUUCCUCCUCCUCUUCCUCCUCCUCUUCAUCGUCCUCUUCCUCCUCUACUUCUUCCUCCCCCUCCCCUGCUAAGCCUGGCCCCCAGGCGUUGCCCAAACCUGCAAGCCCCAAGAAGCCACCCCCUGGCGAGAGGAGGUCUCGCAGCCCCCGGAAGCCAAUAGACUCCCUGCGGGACUCUAGGUCCCUCAGCUACUCACCUGCAGAGCGCCGCCGCCCCUCACCCCAGACGGCGCCGUGGGACCAGCAGAGCAGCAGCGAACGGGGUUCCCGGAAAGGCCAGCGUGGGGACAGCCGCUCCCCAGGCCACAAGCGCAGGAAGGAGACACCCAGCCCCCGCUCCGCGAGGCACCGCUCCUCCAGGUCUCCAUGAAUCUUGUGGUGGGGAACACCCCCACCACACCCCAAAUUCUGGAGCCGCAGGGAGUGCCCCCCUUUCUCCCGGACAGAGCUGUGGGAGGGCCCUUCUCUUCCUCACUCCCCCCCCCCUUUUACCCUGGCAGCAUCCUUGGGGGGAGGACUCCCUUCUUUCUCUCCCUCUUCCUUUUUGUUUGUUCCUGUGAAAUGUUAAAUCUCUGUGAGUUUUUCCUGGUUCACAUGUUUUAGGGGGUUGGGGUGGGUGGGAAUGAGAAUGGGAGUUGUGGGAGGGGAGCAGACAGUUUGGGGCUCCCAGGUCUUGAGUCAGAAAGGACCUGGGAGGCACUGCCCCCCCUUUAACCCCCAAGUUCCUGGGGGGGGAUGAUGGUUGGGACCUGGGAACCUGUGCGAGGUGUUUCUGGAAGGAAGGGGCAGCAGGAGUUGAAAUGAGUUGGCUCCUCCUGGCUCCCCAGUGAGGUGGUGACGCCCUCCCCCCAACUUUUCACGUUUCUUAAAGGCAUUUUUGGUUUUUUAAAAUCUGUACAGCAAGAGCAACUUUUUCUGUCAAAUAAAAAUGAGAAAUGCA